AUGGCGUCUCCAGCAAUGGCACAAGCUGUGGCCAUGCCAGAGAUCUUAGAGUGCGUCUUCAACUCCAUUGAAACAGAUCAUCUAGCACUGUGGGCAGCUUUGCAGGUGAACAAGCUGUGGUUCGAUUGCGCAACAGAUUCCUUAUGGAAGUGCGCCCCCCUCAUCGAGCUCGCUGAGGUUUCCAAGGAUCGUCAACAGAUAUAUGCAGCCAAGAUAGAGACGGCCAAGAUUGACCCCUCGGACGAGGAUUUUCACCUGGUCUUCAAGGAUCUAAGCUUUGAUAAACUGAUAGCCGUGGAAAUAGAUUCUAAGGGGCAAAAGGAAUUGCCUCUCCAACAAUAUUUCCGGCCAAGAUUCGAAACCCUCCUCCUCCACCGGGGACUGUUGACAGGCGACACAUUGUCACAUAUACAAGCUACGUGCUGGCGUCUGAAGGAAGUCUCUAUAUCAUGUCCUGGCCCUCAGAUAACCUCUGAGAUGAUGGCCGACUUCAUCUCAGGGUGCAAGUCACUCGAGUUCGUCAGAUUGGGCAAUGAAACCAGUAAUCUGACCUCAAACAAACUCCUUCACCAUCUCGCCAGCCACCCAAACCUGAUAGAACUGUCAUUUAAUAGGUCGUUGGAACCCGCACUCAUCUCAGAGAUCGCAGAGGCCACUUCUGGUCAUCCCUUUCCCGCCCUUCGUUCACUUACCAUCAAUAAACCUCUGCCUUCCGCGUCCGGGGUGUUGCUUUCUGGGCUGCUGCCACAAAUCCAAAUCCUCGCUUUGGGCUUCAAUGACAGCAAAAAUGAAGUUCUUGGCUCCACCGCAUCAAUCCGAGACUUGCGCCAUAUGAACUUCAUAUUCCACAAUGAAGCGACAUUUUCCCCAGGACAGCUGUUGUCGCUCAAAUCACAUCGCAAUCUGGAGACACUCAAUCUCAGGCCACAUGAGGGGAAAAUAUAUGCCCCUGAAUUCGCCGACGCUGAAUUUAAACAGCUCGCAUACCAUUUGCCGAAACUCAGAAAUCUGUGGUUCGAGGUCGAGUGCGACUUGACCACCGCCUCGCUGGCAUUCUUGUCGAACCAAUGCCGGGCAAUCGAGCAGAUUGAUCUGCCACAACAGUUCAACUGGGACACGUUGUUGUCUAUGGCGGAUCCUAACUCUACCCUUUUUCCAAAGUUGACACACCUAAUACUCGGCGGAAUGAUAUCCGACGACCGAACGUGA